AUGGAAGCUUGGAAGAAUUUGUUUGUUCCAACACCAGUGUUAUGGGCAUUAAAAAGUGAAAAUAUGGUAGCUCCAACAUCCAUUCAAGCCCUGAGCAUACCACAUGCUAUUAGAGAUAGAUUAGAUAUCCUAGGAGCUGCAGAAACAGGAAGUGGCAAAACAUUAGCAUUUAGUAUACCAAUACUACACCAUGUCUUACAACACCAAGAAACCAUAAACUCUUCUAAGAAUAACAACAUUGAUGAUAAUGGUGAUAAUUCUCAAGGACAAGAUAAUGAUGAGAAUACUAGUAAUGAUAAUAGUGAUAAUUAUGAUAAAAGUGAUAAUGAAGUAGAAAGUGUUGAUUUAAAUGAACUGAUGAUGGAAAUGAGUGAUGUCCCUGAUGAUGAUGAUGAUGAUGAUGAUGAUGAUAAUGAUAGUGGUGUAGAAGAUGAUGAGGUAUAUGACAGUCCUCCAGAAGAAGUAGAUGAAGAAUUUAUGCAUAAUAUAGUUUUAGAUCCAAAGAGUACUACAGUGAAAACAGAUAAGCCUCUAAUAGCAUUGAUAUUAGAGCCUACCAGAGAACUAGCUAUUCAAGUUAAAAAUCAUAUACAAAAAGCAGCUAAAUAUAUUAAUGUUCAGAUAGCUACAGUAGUUGGUGGUAUGGCUCCACAGAAACAAAGACGAAUAUUAAGUCAUUGUCCAGAGAUUAUUAUAGCCACACCUGGUAGAUUGUGGGAACUCUUACAAGAGGUCAAUCCUCAUCUGAUUAAAAUACCAACAGUAAAAGUAUUAGUUGUUGAUGAAGCAGAUAGAAUGGUAGAGAAAGGACAUUUUGAGGAAUUGAGUAAAUUAUUUGAAUUUAUGAAAGAAAAUGUUGAAUCAAGAUUAAAGAGACAAACUCUGGUAUUUUCAGCCACCUUAACUAUGAUACAUCAAGGUCCAAAUAGAAGGCUAAAAAAGAAGAAAAAGAAAGUGGACCCAGAGGAUAAGUUAGGAUUAUUGAUGCAGCAUAUUGGUGUAAAACAGAAAAAGAAAGUAAUAGAUUUAACUAAUAAAACUGGUACUGCUGGUGGACUAACAGAGGCUAGAAUUAACUGCGCUAAGGAUGAAAAGCAUAUGAUGAUGAUGAUGAUGUCAAGAUCCUUCUGUUUUUAUAGCUAUGUUAAGUUCUAUUUAAAACAGAAGAUGUGCUUUGCAAUCCUCAAAAUGAUUUUUAUAGUAUUAUCUUUGAAAUUUCCAGGAAAUUCAGAUGGAUUUCUUCUGGCGUCUGAUGUAGCUGCUAGAGGUUUAGAUAUACCUAAUGUCCAACAUGUUAUACAUUAUCAAGUACCUCGUACCAUAGAGAACUAUGUCCAUCGUAGUGGACGUACAGCUAGAGCUAAUCAGGAGGGUCUCAGUGUUAUGUUGAUAAGUCAAGAUGAUGUUCAAAAUUAUAGAAAAAUCAUCAAAAAUCUGAAUAGAGAUGAAGAGUUGCCAGUAUUUCCUGUAGAAUAUCAAUAUAUACCACUGUUAAAAGCUCAAUUACGUCAAGCUUUAGAAAUAGACAAGUUAGAUCAUAGAUUCACCAAAGUAAAAAGACAGAAUGAUUGGUUUUCUAAAGCUGCUGAAGAAAUGGAAAUAGAUAUAGAAGAUGAGAAAUUAUUAGUUGAUCUUGGUGACAGUGAAGAACAGAGAAGACAUGGGGUUAAAUUAGAACAAUUACGUUCUUCUUUAAAACAAUCAUUAAAACAACCUCUAGCACCUAAAACAUUUUCUGGUAAAUACCCAACUAAGAUGGGAAAG